CCUUCAACUCGCAAUCCGCACUCCGUACUCCGACAGAUGAGCAGCCUCUCGUUGGGACAGAGUGCUGAAUUUUUCAAAAGGCGAGUCUGGAGAGGAAAUGUUACCUAUCGACCUGAAAGCGGUAGGUUGGAGCGCACGCUAGCUAAUGCACCAUAAUGAUGUUGCCCAGGAUGAAUCCUACUCGUACGACGAAAGCGAUGAGGACGAUCGCGAGACCUUUUUGUCGGGUCGCACGUUAGCAUCUUCGGCAACAGACUACGUGUAUGAGAAUGGCAGGAGGUAUCAUGUAAGUCUAUGUCCCGGGCCCAGACUCUUCGAAUCCACCAUGUAGACACAUGAGCUGGAUAAGUCUACCAUUAUUACUCCCAUGGCGAUCAGUAAACCUAUUCAUAGUCAUCAAGCUGAAACAAAAAGGGAUACGUGAAUGGACAGUAUUAUCAACCAAACGAUGAAACAGUUGGCAACGCGGAGGUCGUCCAGCAUCAUCUUUGGCUCCUUACGUUAGAUGACAAGCUAUACACGGC